AUGUCGUCAUUAUUUCCUUUAUUUGCGAAGUUUAUUUUCAGUCGAGUUGUUGCUUUCUUACCCCACCAAGACACACAUUUUUUUCUUUCCUUUAUUGAUUUUUCUUUUUCCUUUUUUUGUUUUUACUCUUUCGCUUUUUCUUUCCUUUUUUCCAUCUUUCCUUUACCCUUUUAUUCUUUUCUUUUUUUUUCAUUUUUUCUUUGUGUUUCUUCAUCUCUUUUCUUUUUUUUUGUCUGUCUGUCUGUCUUUUUUUUGUCUGUUAAAUUUCCUCUUUCCUCUUCUCCAUCAUCCCUUUCUCUCACUUCUUUUUUCAUUUUUUUCUUUUCUUUUUCCAGUCUUUCCUAUAUUCUUCUUUUAAUCUUUCUUUUUUCCCUCUUUUCCUUCCAAUUUUUUAUUUUUUUAUUUUUUUGCUCCAUAAUUCUUUUUCUUCUCUUCCUCUUUUUCAAACCACCUGUUUGUUUGCAAACUAUAAACGUUUACAUUGCGUUCAUAAUUUGUCAAAUUAAGUCUGUUUACAUUCUCUACACCCAUCUUCUCUGCCACACAUACCUGUCUCACAAAUCUCUCCUCUUUCUCUUUCUUCCUCUCUCUUUGUCUCUCUCCCUCUUUCUCUUUCUCUCUCACGCCCCCCCCUCAAACCUUUUCUUUUCCUUUAACAUACGCACCUCCUUUACCCAUUUAUUGUGUCCUUUUUUUUUCUUCAACAUAAGUCUUUACCAUACGAGGUCACUUAGUGCAUUUCUUGAUCCACUUUUGCACACGUUCACUAUUGUUCACACUCAGCAUUCUUCUUGUAUAAGUUAUAUACUCUCUCUCUCGCGGUACGCCAUUACUCACUCAAGUCUUACUAAUAGUGUCGUGGCUUUUUCACCCACCCAUUCCCGGCUGUGGUCGCACAUUCCCGGCAUUUGUCCGUCAGUCGACCAAGAGGGUGUUGUUGUUCUACCCGGACGGUCGAUACGUUCCUCGCCUGUUCACCUACACUUCCUUUCCAAUCCUUUCUUUACCAUCUCUCCUUAUUAUUCAUUAAAUAUUUUAGAAGCGCGUUCAUAUCUAUCUAUCUAUCUAUCGUCUCUAUCUAUCUAUCUAUCUAUCUAUCUAUCUAUCUAUCUUCUUCUCUCUCUAUUGGCUUUACAUAACUAUCUUCCUUUCCUUCAUGUUUUUUUUUUCUUUCUUUUAUUUCUAGUUUUCCCGCCUUUCUGUCUUGUGGUGAUGCGUCUCUCUUCUUUUUUUUUUUCUUUUUUUUUUUCGCGUCUCUCUCGCAUUGCUUCACUAUUCGUCUUUUUCACUCUCGUGUUGUUUCUCCUUCUCGCGUCUCUCUUUCUCUCUCUCUCUCUUUCUGUUUCUGUUUCUCUUUUCCGCGUCUUUCCCUAUCGUGUUGUUUCUCCUUUCCGUCUCUCUUUCUCUCGUGUUGUCUCUCUCUUUCGCGACUCUCUUUCUCUCUCUCUCGUUCUGUCUCUCCUUUUCAAUUUUCUCUCUCUGUUCUACCUUCCUACAUCUUUCUUUUUCUCUCUUUCCCUCUCUGUCUCUCUCUCUCUCUCUACAUUCCUUCUACAUUCCCAGUUUUACAUUUCUUCCCGUGAACUGUAUUUUUCUUUCUCUCGUUCACUUUGA